AUGUCUAUGAGCAUUGAAGACUCCGCUCAAACCCGGGACGGCUUCCCCCGUCCAUUCCCGGAUUCGCCUUCAAAUGUUUUAGAGCAGUUUAAAAUGAACGGAAAGGUGGUUGUUGUUACGGGUGCUGCCGAUGGGCUUGGCCAUGCCAUAGCACAGUCUAUGGCCGAAGCUGGCGCUAAUGUUGCCCUGUAUGACGUCGCCAUUGAGAAAGCUCAGGUCCUGGCAAAGGAACAUGGUAUACAGGCUUCCGCUUACAAGGUCGAUGUUUCCGAGUCCAUCCAAGUAUCCGAGACGAUCACAAAAGUCGUGACAGAUUUCGGCAAGAUUGAUGUGUUCAUUGCCAAUGCAGGCAUGGCGAUCUCGAAGCCUAUCUUGGAACAGACUCUGGAAGAGUACCGGAAGCAGAUGUCCGUGAAUGUUGACGGCAUUGUGUAUUGUGCUAAAUAUGCUGGCGAGAUAUUCGCACGGCAAGGACAUGGCAACCUCAUCAUUACCUCUAGUAUGAGCGCACACAUUGUCAACGUUCCUACUGAUCAGCCUGUCUACAAUGCGACCAAAGCGUACGUCACUCACUUUGGAAAAUCACUUGCCCGUGAGUGGCGGGAUUUUGCACGAGUCAACAUCGUCUCGCCAGGUUUCUUCGAUACAAAGAUGGGGGCCGGCCCCUCGGCCCUCCAGGAGGCAUAUCGCAUGUCGUCACUUGGAAGACAAGGGCAUGUGAAGGAAAUCAAGGGAUUGUAUCUGUACCUUGCCAGUGAUGCAUCUACCUUUAUGACUGGAAGUGAUGUACUCAUCGACGGUGGAUAUGUCUUGCCAUGA